CGUGCCUGUGCCCGUACCUGCGCCCGUACCUGCGCCUGUUUCCGCACCUCUUAGUCAACCUACUGUCAUCACCAGCCAAACGCCGCCGCCGCCACUCAUUGGGACUCCCUACGCCGUGAGAGACACGUACCGUGCUGGCACUACGAACGUGAACGAGAGGCUUGCUAUCAACGUGAACAGUCCUCUGUCGCAAGUUGGUGGGGUUGGCGGUGUCGGGGUAGUGCCUGCGGCGGAAUAUAGCAGCAUGGGAGCCGGUAGCAGAGGCGAUCGGCAGAGGAUAUCCCUCUUGCCGCCUGUCGGUUCGUCGGUAACGUCUAUACCAUCGCCUUCUGCUGCCGCCGCCGCAUCGGAUUACCAGCAACAUACGACGGCGACAAGGAAUCCGCCGCGAGUAGGCCUCAUGCCCGUCCAGCCUGAUCAGUAUUGCAGUCGCACCCCCGUCGACAUGUCCAGUCUGCAACAGGAUGCGCCACCUUUCAAGAAGAUCCGUCUAGGGCCACAUCAGCAGAUUCAGCAGCUGCAAUCGCAGCCUCAGCCGCGUUGCCUGUCACCCGCGGACCCAUGCGGAGGCAAGCAAGAACAACAGCAGCAUGUUGUGCAGUUGCAACAGCCACUUAGGAUAGACACCAGGGAGCAGCCUGCCGUGGGAGCGUAUACGCCACAAACAGAAGCUAUUUCGCCUACGCUUCCAGAACCGAGUACGCAAGAGGAUGCACAAUAUAGAAGUACUAAGGACGAUCUUCUGCAGCAAAUUGGCAAGGUUGACAGGGAGAUCGCUAAGAGGGAGAAUCAGUUAAAUAUGUUGCGAAAGAGGUUAAAAGAAUUAGAAGAAACAGCGAAUAAGCCUCUGGAAGUAAAAGACACUGAGGAACAGUCACAGCAACCAAAGCAUCAAUCGAUGGCGCAAAAGGUUUACGCUGAGAAUAGGAGAAAGGCGGAAGAAGCUCAUAGACUCUUAGAAAGACUGGGCCCCAAAGUAGAACUACCUUUAUAUAAUCAACCGUCGGACACAAGUGUAUACCAAGAAAAUCGUACACGGCAUCAGACGUGUAUGCGUGCCAGACUUAUAGCUAGGCUUCGGAGAGAACACGCUGAGCGCGCGUCUCUUCAUCGGCAGCAGUCACAAACGUACGCAAUUUUGGUUCAAGAAUGGCAUCGUAAGGUGGAACGGUUAGAAGCAACGCAGAAGAGGAAAUCGAAGGAAACAAAGAAUCGCGAGUUCUUCGAGAAGGUAUUUCCCGAGUUGCGAAAACAGAGGGAAGAUAAGGAGCGUUUUAACAGAGUUGGUGCUCGUAUUAAGAGUGAAGCCGAUCUUGAAGAGAUAAUGGACGGUCUACAAGAACAAGAGAUGGAGGAUAAGAAGAUGCGUUCGUAUGCAGUCAUACCGCCUUUAUUAUUGGAUGCGAAGCAACGAAGGAUCGCGUUUCAAAAUCGGAAUGGAUUGCUCCAACCAGAAGAAUUAGAAGCUCUUCACAGUGAACGUAAAUUGAUCAAUGUAUGGAGUUCGGUGGAGCACGAAUUAUUUAAAGAGAAAUACCUUCAACAUCCUAAGAACUAUGGAGUGAUAGCUCAAUCGUUAGAACAUAAGUCCGUUCCAGAUUGUGUACAUCACUACUACCUCACUAAAAAAGCAGAAAAUUAUAAACAGCUUUUACGAAAAUCGCGCCAACGGACACGUAGCUCUCGGAAUAAUCCGAAUAAUAAAGUAAAUAAUACCAGUUCGACUAUUGGACCUAUAGAUAUUUUAACGACAGGCGUAACGACAAGGUUACAGCGGGAGCAGCAACAGAAAACUCAGGAGAAUCCUCAGAAUAGUUCGGCAACGACUACGUCUGCAUCCACAACGAGCACUACGGGCACAUCGAGCGUAUCGUCAACAACUGUCGGAACCACGACAAUAACGACGACGACGACUCCUUCGAGCUCGAUAGCGUCGGGCGUUAGUGUAACCGCGGAUUCAGUAACGACAUCAACGACAACGACAAUGACAUCAGUCCCGAACUCCACCGCGACGUCAAGCAUCUCGACAACGUCGACAAUGUCCAGUACGAAGGAUUCCAGGGAGGCGAGUAAGGAGAAUAAAGAGAACAAAAUUGAUUUAAAAGAAUCUCAUCUCAUAAAAGUAGAGCCGAAAGAAGAGUCACAAUCGGAACCUACGUCGGGGAAGGACAUUAAAGUAAUAAUGGAAGGGAAAGGCGCACUAUCAUCGUCUGCGUCUUCGUUGAACAACGCGACGAACGUUUCGACUAUCCAGUCAGACUUCAAGGAAUCCAGUAAAAAGAAACCAGGUUGCAGGGACACGAAUAACAGUGGUGCUAACGUAGCAGCUAGUGGUAGAAUAAAAGAUAAGAAGAAAGAGAAUCAUACUCCUAUGGAAACCAGUGAUGAAGAGGCACCAUCGAUCGACGUCAUCGAGGGUGGUAAACAGAUAGGACCUCACGCUUGCACGGUGUGCCAAAGCGUCGUCGAGGGAAGCGCGCAUAGUCGCGCGUUACCACGUAGCCAAGCGUCGCAGUACGGCCUACGGGAGGAUCAAGUACCUCCUGGUGCGCGUGUCUGUAACACUUGCCGCUGCAAGGCCGUCCGUGGACGUUACACCGCCUGCCCGUUGCCGGGCUGUCCGAAUCUGAGCAGCUCUAAAUCGAGAGUGAAACGGCUAAGAGCGUUACCUUCCAAGUGGCUUGACUUGCCACCGGAAAUUCGGGAGCCAAUCGCUCAAGAAUUCCAAAUACCAAACAGCGCGACGAAAUGUUGCUCGGCUUGCUUCAGCCGCAUAUCGCGCCGUUUGGCGCCGCAUCUUGCCGGUGGUACCGAAGUAUCCGAGGAUGGCGCCGAUGCUUUAUCGCGUCAGUGGACGGACGAGGAGCUCGAACAACUCCGCAGGGCACUUCGGGAACAUGGUACCAAUUGGCCGAAAGUCGCCGAACAGAUACCCGGCAAAACGAAUCAUCAGUGCAAAAACUAUUAUUUUGCUUACCGAAAGAAAUUGAGCCUCGAUCAAGUAGUUGCCGAAUACUACGCCUCACUGGGCGAGGAACGAAGACCGUGUCUGACUGACGAGGAAGAAAGUGGCAGUAGUACUAGUAGCUGCGAUGAACUGGCUGUUCAUGAUUCAAGUGAUACAGCCAGCGCAGGAAGUCCUGCAACGACGAUGACAGGCAGUAAUGUAGCAUCGAGUGGUACUGCGGCGACAUCGUCGUCAUUAUCGAUGUCUUUCCGAUCCAGCGAGCAAAAACUCGGCGAGAAACUCUCGGAUAUAGCCGUAGUAUCACUUGUACCGCCCGGAUCAUCUCAACAGUCUUCCAGCAGUGGAACUGCUACUGCUACUUCGGGUGGCAGGGAAGAUUACGACAGUUCUGCCACGGAGACAGCGGACGAAGGUCAGGGAGGUGCUGACUUGGAAAAUAGCAGUGUUGUGGUGACUCUGACAACCUCCAAUAGUAACACAACAUCGUUGCCACAACAUCCGCAGCCACCACCAAUUGUUCAUUCACCACCUUCAACAACGAGUAAUUCCAAUCCACUCACUGUCAAGGAUCUCAUGCUUGGAGUCAUCGAGAUGCAAUUAAAACGUACUCCCAACAGUCCAGCCGACGGUGGUGGUUCGUCAGCACCCAAUAGUUCUGGCACUCCGACGAUAUCUAGUAUUUUGAAGACAGAUCAUCGUAACGAUAUAACAUAUAUUCGUGGCUACAAAUCUUCAUCAAAUAUAGCAAAUACUACGUUGUCUAAUAGAGAUACAAAUCUAGCCACGCUCUCUGUUGUCUCGGGACCUCAUCAUGCUCAUCGUUCUGCUCCAAGUCCACAACCAAUUGGUCAAAUGCAAGCUACCAUUACACCUUGCCCACCAACAGUGCCGAGUAGUCAAGCUUCAUCUUCGGACUUGCUGCCUAAGGAAGGUUUGGUUGUCAUGCAAGUACAACAAGCGUUGCGAGAGACGGAAGGAACGUUGGAUUUGAGUAUCAAAAAACCAAGAUUACAACAAGAUUACAAUCAUUCAAUGCAGCUUCACAAGCCGCCGACGGUGACGCUUUAUCGACCGGAACCGCCGCCGGGCGCGUAUUAUCAUCCUCACGCGCCUCAUCCCGAACAAGGUCGUGGCGCGAAAAGUCCAUUGAUUUAUGCUUCGUCACCGCGACCACAAGCACCUAUUACACCUAAGAUGAAUAAAGUCACCGUACCACCGCCUCAUCCCAAGCUAUCUCCAAAAUUAAGCACCAUAGCCACGCCAGGUCACAAGGGUGGUUCCAUCACGCAUGGCACGCCUGUAUCCACAGCGCGUUAUGAAGGUUUAUUGCGGCAAAUGACACCGCCUGGUAAUCCAACGGUUACUGGUGCUGCUCCGAACGCUAGUGAACGAGGCGGUGGCGGCGGCGGCGCCAUUAACGCAGGCUCCGCUGUACCAGGGACUCCGAAAGAUACAGGUGGUUCAAUCACACAAGGUACACCGGUGCUUCCGUUCGCGGUAGACAAACGCGGCACGCCUAUAUACGAUUAUCAUCGUACCAUCCGACAUUCGCCUGUGACGGGCGGUGGCAACGUUCCACCCCCACCGCCGGGACAAGGUCCUACAAGUCAGGCAGCGUCGCCAGCCGUGGUAGUGAGUCAUGGUGGCAGUCAGUAUAAUUCUUAUUCUGCCGCAGGACGCCCGCCGCCCAGUUACUCGAUGGAGCAACAAUUGUCCAGCCGACAGAUCAUUAUGAAUGACUAUAUCACAAGUCAGCAGAUGCAUGCGCGUGCUCGUGGUAGCAGUAGUACUGGUGCAUCUGUUGCUGCUGAGACGACCGGUAAGAGUGAACCGCCACCGCCACCGUCGUCUACUCUCUACUAUACUAGUACGCCUCCUCCAUCACAAACACAUACGCAACCGCGGCAAGGUGUUAUCCAGAGGCACAAUCCUCAGAAGCAAAUGCACUAUCCACCACCGCCACCUGGCCUGGAGGCGUUCUCUAGUUUAGUGGAUGUGGCAGUACAACAACCCAGUCUUCCGGUGCCACAUCCGCACGGCCAUCCAGCUGCAUCCGGUAGUGGUGGCCACGAGGGUCUCGGUAAAACGAUGGCAGAUCGCCUGUUAGCUGAUCGUUAUGACAAUAACCGCGCGUUUCGCGAGCAAGAGAUACGGCUGCAGGAACAUCGUAUGGCGGCAAUGCAGGCUGCAGAACACAGACUAGCAGUGGCUGCAGCGGUGCAGCAGCAUCAUCAUCGCGAUCGAGAUAGAGAACGCGACCUCGUUCAUCUACGAGAAAAGGAGGAACAUCGUUUGCAUCGUGAAAAGGAAUUGCAACAACUGGAGCACCGUUUUGCGGUGCAGCAGCACCAUCAACAACGUGAAAAAGAUCUCCAGCAGCAAGAGCACCGUCUCGCGCAGCAGCGAGAAAAGGAUAUGCACGUCGAGCACGCUCGUUUGUCUGUGCAGCAAGUCCGGGAAAAGGAUAUUCAACACGAACAUCGACUUAGCGUACAUCAACAGCGAGAAAAAGAGAUACACCAAAAAAUGGUGGCAGCUGCCGCACAACGUGAGAUUGAGCAUGAGCAUCGACUUGCUGUACAACAACAACGCGAGAAGGAGAUGCAACAGCAGGAGCGACUCGCCAUUCAGCAACACGAAAAAGAUGUUGAACGUCGCCUGGCUAUGCAGCACCGCGAAAGGGAUCUGGCGCAUCUUCAUCAACAACAGCAACAACAACAACAACAGAUCCAGCAGCAUAUUCAGCAACAACGUAUAGAGGCCGAGAGAAGACAUAUUGCGCAACUAUACAGAGAUCAACAGCAAAUCGAUAGAGAUUCGUCGAGAUUAGCGAGCCUCGGAUUCUCCUCGCAACCUUCCAGGCUUCAGCAAUCUCAACAGUCUCAACAGCAGCAGCAGCAGUCAUCGUCGUCAUCGUCAUCUUCGCGACAGAGUCAAUCUUCCAGUCAGCAGAACGACUCGUCGACUCUCACAGCCGCCAGUUUAAUUGACGCUAUCAUCACCCAUCAGAUCAAUCAGAGUGUUGAGAAUCCCGGUGCAAGCGGAUCGUCAGCUAAUCAGCCAGCACGUGCUGGCGAUCGUCUUUUUCAGGGAUUUCAUCGUGAAAAUCAACAAGAACCUAAUGGCAUAGCUCACAGUCCCGCUGGUGAAGGCAGCGGUGGUGGAAAUGGUGGAAGCGGUAACGGAAGUGGCGGCAAUAAAGCAAUCACUCUCGGCGAGCACGUUGAUCAUAUUGUUUCUAAAGAUUAUGGCCCGCCUCAUUCGUCGUAUAGAUCCUACGCUGGAUAUCAAAUUUCCGAAGAUCAAUGGAAGAGACGAAAACUUAAUGAGCCGGACUCGGUGAAGACUGGGGACGAACGACAAAUAAUACGUGUUGCGCAACAGCAGCAUACACAGCAGCAACAGCAGCAUCAAUCAUCGGGAAAGCAGCAAUAUCAUACGGUUGAGCCAGUUUCGCCGCCGGAGGCAACUACCAAUCAUUACGCACGUCGCUUGUACGAUUCGAGCACUGCCACAUCCACUUCCGGGACUCCCUCCAACAAGUCGCAUUCGACGCCGUAUGACGUGUCGCCAUUCGAUUAUGUGAAAAACAAGAUAGUUGAGGUGAUGCGUACUGAGGACGACAAGGCCGGAGGUGGCGGCGGCGACGGUGGUGCGGGCUCCGAUAGAAACGGAGGCGGCAAUUCCGUCGUUGUGUCUGAGAAGGAUGAAAAGGGGGCUAGUGCAGAGAGAAGCGUGGAGAGAAGCCCAUCGAGUGGCGGUGGUGGUGGAAGUGGCGGUGGCGGUAAUAGCGGAAGCAAUGAAAUGGUGGUCGACAAUGCGGGUGGACCGAAUCCAACCACUCGUGAACAACCACCACCGCCGCCUGCGCCCGCAGCUACUACCACGUUUUAUCCAUUUAGUGCGUUAGGGGUGCACACAGGACCACCGCCGGCCCCGCCACCCACCUCAGCUACAUCCGCCUCUGUGGCAAAAUCGGAACAGAUGCAAGCCGAGCCGGCGCCGUUGCUUUCCUCGCAAUACGAGCCGCUCUCGGAUGAGGAUUGAUAGUCUUCUAUAACUGUUCAGCGCUGUAACUGUUCUUACGCUAAACUGGCAUAUAUUAGUGCGACGAUGCAUGGCUAUUAUGGAUGCAGAGAGAUGCUGUGGCAUACGUCUUUUUAGGAUACUCGCAGAUGAUCAUCGAUUGAAACAAUGUUUAAUUAUAUUGGACGAUUUAUCGAUUAUAUUGGACGCUUUACAGGCAAUCAGAAGCCACAUUGCGUUCUUGUCGAUCGCCAAAUCCUAAUCUAAUUUAAGAGACUUCUUCUUUUUAUAUAUACGCAUAUAUAUAUAUAUAUAUGUACACACAUACAUAUAUAUAAAUAUAAAUAUGUGUAUGUAGAUAUAUAUAAAUAUGAAAAUUUGCGAUCUCCGGCGAGAUAAAUGGAGAAAUAUAAUGUUUUAAACAGAGUCCCACACAUAUUGUUGUUUUACGAACUCUUUGUAAUUUCAUUGUAUUUUUAGUCAAAAAUCAUUCCCGCGUCACGCGAAGAGAGGUAAAUUUACGAAACGCAUACUUCGAUUUUAUUUGCCUUCUCGCGAUGUUGCGCUGGUUUUCAGUUAAAUACAUAGCGACGAAUAGUUUUAUCUAAUAAUUAGUUAUUUGCGAUGUAUAAUUUAUAAUAUGAUGCCGAUAUGGACAUUAAAGUUAUCUGUAUAAAUACAUAUAUGUAUAAGUACAUGUCAACGUGGAAAACUAAUUACAUUGACGCCGUGGUUUUGAUGGGCCCUUUUUUUAAAAUCUCGCGAGUUAUUGUACAGGUUCGGAGUUUUAGUUUAGCGAAAUUUUAUGAGUGCGAUAGUUCUAAAGAAAAGAAAUCGUUACAUAAUCGUUAAAUAACAUGUACUCGCCUAUACAUAUACAUAUUUUUCACUUUUUAGGUUUUUUCGAUACUCGCAAAUGUAUAUGUACGUUAGCGUUUCAUUUCGCAAAGGAAAUAAAUCGGGAUCGACACUCGAUAUAUAUCCAUUCUAUUUCAUAUAUGUACUAAUAUACCGAGUGCUCGAAGCUUUAGUCGUUCGAUCGAGGUGAAUUAUUAUUUUUUUAUGUUGACUUGGGCUUGAUCAGUCCGCAAAAAGACAUCGGUAUACGCGUAAGCAUCCGAUCUGUGAAACAUCUAGGUCUAUAUA